AUGCCCGAAUUCGUCAGCACGCCUCUCUUUGGCGGCGCAAUCGUUGUCGAUCUGCCCUCCAACUUUGCCGACGUCAGCAAACUGCGGCAGGUUCCCGACAACCAAGAAGUCUGGAUCGACCAGGAUGGUUUCACCAGCAUCAUCUUUGACAUCACUGAGCGCGUUGGUAGCUCUGGCUCUGGUCCUGAGGUUGACGGCCGUGCCAUGACGACCCAUUUGGAGGACAUGGUCGGCACCGACAUCAACACCGUCAAGAUCUGGAACACGGCCGAGACUGAGUUCUCGAGGCUCGAAGAGGGCACUCCCGCCUACACCCUCAUCUCGACACAGACGCCCCACGUCAACCAGUCCCGCGACACCACCUCGGCUCCCGACUUUACCGCCAUCAUCCUGACGCUCCUGCGACUCGAGAAGCAAAAGACGGACAUCCUCAUCACCAUCAACGUGCCCCACAUCAAGGGCGAGUACGACGAGGACGAGGUCGACCUGGAGCUCGGCCGCCAGGGCAAGCUCAUCGGCGACGCCGUCGAGUACUCGGCCCGCAUCUGGUCGACAUUCAAGAUCAAGGAUUGGGGUCUGUUUGGCGAGUCUUAA